CUAAAUAGACUGCAAAUGCCGCUAUUUAUUAAACUAUUUUGCAGGACUUUUCCACGAAUUUUAAGUCAUGGUAGAAACGCUGGUAAUUUCAGAGAUUUUGAUACACCACAUUUCAAGGGUUCCCUGCCAAACAUUAUGCAUGCAGAUGCAUAUAUUUACCGUGGCGAUCAGAGGCGAUAUUCAUUCCAAGAAAAGAGGCGGUAUUCCAGUUAUGACCAGGACAGGAAUGUAGAUACAGAUUUAAAUUUUGAAGGGAACCGAAUGUCUCUCCGACACGAAAUCGAGAGACCACCUUCACCAUUGCCAGAUUAUAAUCGGAUGAGCAAUGUGGACCGUGGUGGCAUCCAGACAAAUGGCAACCGUCGUUCCGGUCACUUUGACGAGUUUGGUGCCCCGAUUAAAUUUUAAUUCUAUAACUGCACAGCCGAAUUGGGCAUAAAUUGAAUAUUCUACGAUAUCUGCUGAAAUUACAAUACAAUUGUUCACUAGUGGAAGGUGCUAAUUGAUAGCUGGAAAGUAAACUAUUUAGGCAGUAACGACGCCUUACCAAGUUACCCGAGAGCCGGAUAUUUCAAUUCACAUUUACAAUCAGUGAUCGAUUAUUUUUUUUCAUACUGUAGUUUCAAAAAUUAAAAAAAAAUAAUGUAAAUACGAAUUGUUUUAUUCACAAACCACAUCACGUGAGUCAUCUUUGGACGAAGAGUUUUCCCAGCAGUAAUUCAAGAAAAGCUAUUGAGAUGCGCCGAUUGAAAGAUGAUACCACCUCUAAGACGCAUAGUGGUAUUAAGAUAGGCAAGUUUAAAAACGUUCUAUAAAAACCUUAAAGUUACGAGUGUCCGCGUUGUUGAGGUAAACUAUUUUACUGCAAAAAUAAGACGCUGUGCUUUAUUUCUGUUGGUGAUUAAGACAUUCAGCUGGUUUGUGAAAGACAGGCGGGUCUAGCCAGAUGCCUAUCCGCGAUUAAGUGUUUUCAUAUUUUGCGAACACUGUGUGUUUUGUCAUAUUUAAUUCAUAUUACUAUGCAUUAUUUACAAUCAGAGUGUGUAUUAUUGUGCAUUAUUUACAAUCAGACUGUGUAUUAUUGUGCAUUAUUUACAAUCAGACUGUGUAUUAUUGUGCAUUAUUUACAAUCAGACUGUGUAUUAUUGUGCAUUAUUGUGCAUUAUUUACAAUCAGACUGUGCAUUAUUUACAAUCAGACUGUGUAUUAUUGUGCAUUAUUGUGCAUUAUUUACAAUCAGACUGUGCAUUAUUUACAAUUAGACUGCAUUAUGUACGAUUUUCUUUAAAUCAGUUUUCAGUUAUAUUCGAAUUUAUAUACCUGUUCCAUUGUUAAAGCAUUUAAGACCAUACUAUAUCAUUUACAUGCAUGUUUACAUCAAUUUUUUCAUUGUCUCUUUGCCUUUUGCGAAACCAAACAUUAGACAUUA